UAUUUAAUGGUGAUGUUUGUAUAAUUUGUCAUGGUGAAAAUAUAGAAUUAGGGUCAUUUAAUAACUGUGUACACAAAAUAUGUAAUGAAUGUUCAAAAACAAUGCGUUUAAAUUAUGUUUGUGAAUGUCCAAUAUGCCAAAAAGAAAAUACCGAAGGCAUUGGUGUUCCAGGUGAAGAUGAAAUAUGUUUGUAUAAAUCUGAACAUGUCAGUCAUUUAUUGAAGCCUUGCAAUUAUCGCAUUGGAACUAUGUGUUCACUCUAUAUACAAAACGGUUUUAAGAAAUGUUUUUUAUGUAGAACAAGAGUUGAAGAAUGUAUAUCUAUAAAAGAAUAUAACAAAAAAGAAACGGAAAACAUAGAAAAUGCCAGAAAAGCUGAAGAAGCCAAACAAAAAAGAAAUUUAGAGGUCUAAAAAAGUUUUUAUGUAAUACAUAUGGAGAAUCAUAUGAUUAAUAUGAUUCCUUUGAUUUAUUUAAA